AUGUUUUCAAACAGUCAGAUCAAAGAAUUUUUCAAAAAUCAAACCGUCUUUUUAACGGGCGGUUCGGGUUUCUUGGGCAAAAUUUUGAUGGAAAAAUUACUACGAGAAUGCGAAGAAAUAAAAAAAAUCUACGUCCUGCUACGUCCCAAAAAGGGAAAAACUCCAGAGCAACGUUUUAAAGAACUUUUCAACCAUCCGUGUUUCGACGUGCUCAAGUCUAAACAUACAAAUCAUUUGGAAAAAGUUUUCUUGGUUAAUGGAGACUGCAAUGAGCCUCUUUUGGGACUGGCUGAACAAGAUGUUGCCAUUUUAUUGAAGGAAACAACUUGCGUGAUCCAUGCUGCAGCCAACGUCAAAUUUGACCAAACUCUUAAAGAAGCCACUUCUUAUGUUAGAGCAACAAAGGAUUUGCUAGAAUUCGCGAAGAGAAUGCUGAAUUUAAAGGUUUUUGUUUUUGUUUCGACUGCGUUUUCCAACUGUGUUCACUCUCAUAUUACAGAACAAUUCUAUGAGCCACCAAUGAAACCGGAAAAGUUGUUGGACUUAGUGAAUAUUCUCGACGAUGACACUUUACAGGCUAUUACUCCUCAGUUGCUAAACACAUGGCCAAACACCUAUGUUUACACUAAAAGUGUCUCAGAAAAUCUUAUCAAGACAAUAGGUGCAGAUUUACCAAUAACUAUUGUGCGUCCGGCUAUUGUCAUCAGCACCAUAGCUGAACCCAUACCGGGAUGGAUUGACAAUUUUUAUGGGUUGGUUGGUGUCAGUUCGGGUGCCGCCUUGGGCGUCAUCAGAUCCAUGAACGCCAACCCAAACUAUCGCGCGCCGUUAGUACCGGUGGAUUAUGUGUCCAAUUGUAUUUUGGCUGCCGCUUGGAAAAGAGGGAGAUCCGAUACAACAACCAUUUACAAUUAUGUUGGACACGAAAACAAUCAAAUCACAUGGGGACGUUAUAUGAGAAUUCUAGAGGAACAGGGUUGGAACGUUCCACCUGAGAAAAUCUUGUGGUACUUUAGUUUUAAACUUAGAAAAAACAGACUCUGGCAUAAAUUUUGUGUUUUCUUUCUACACACAGUGACAGCAUAUAUGGUAGAUUUUGUUCUUUUGUGUCUAGGAAGACCUACACUGGCGGUAGAGAAAUAUCGACGUCUGAACAGAACACUGGAUCUGCUUGCUUAUUUUGGCACGAAAACUUGGAAAUUUGAUGAUGGUAAUGUUGUGGAAUUGUGGAAUGAUAUGAACGAUGCAGACAAAAGACAGUUUUGUUUUAAUAUGGAGAAUAUUGAUUUUAAUAGUUAUGGGCGUCAUCUAGUAAUGGGUGCUAGAUAUUACUUAUUCCACGAAACGCCAGCUACUAUUCCAAAAGCAAAAAGAAAAAUGAACAUGCUAUUUUUUGUCCAUUACACUGUUAUUGGGGUAUUUUGGUAUAUAUUAUUUAAAUUAAUUAAGUUUUUCUUGAGUUUGUUCUUUUAA